AUGGAACCCAGAGUCACGUUUGCUCCAGGACUCGCCUCAGACGUUGUCAAACCUUCUCGUCCCUCUCGGAAAAUACCCACAGAAAAGGACUACGGUCCUCUUGCCUAUGCAAUCAUACUUCCCAGGAGAGUAAUGCUUCCCCGACUAGCCGAAUCGGACCCAGACAUCAUUGAGAACGUCGAUUUAGCCAAGGUGUGGGCACAAAGCAACGCAAUCGAGGCUUCACUCGAAAACAUGUGCGACGAAGCUCGGAAGAUAUGGCCCGACACUUUUGGAUGCAUUGUGGAUCCCACGUUUGAAGAUGGUUCAUGUUACGCUUUAGGAUUCGCUGAUAAUACUCGUCCUGAGAAUGAUUCGUUACCCACAAAGGUUCAGAUUCAGCAGAUCAGAGAGCGUCUGAGGCUCACGGGAGAGGACUAUAGAUUGUGUUGGUUCGAAGAGUUAUAUCCAUGGGAAUAUCGUCUUUAA